CAAAGAAAUCUAAAAUAUUCAAGUCAACUUAAAGUACCUAUAAUUUUAGUAAGCACUAGACAAAAUGCAUUUAUCAUUUUUGGCAGUGACUAUUGCCGUCAUCUUUGUCUUGGCAAUUGUGCACGCUCCUGUGGAAGCAACUGCUGCCGCCGAUCCAGAAGCCCAUUUAAACCCAACACAGCUUUAUAAUAAAGUUAAAGGUUCCCUAUCCGAAUAUUCAGGUGAUAAAAAAAUAACCUGUGAGUCUGUAAAACAAACAGUUGUGAGUGAAAUGUGUGCUAUGCUGAGUCGGUAUUUAUAAUAAGUGUGUCGAUCAGUAUAGCAGGAUCUAUGCGACACAUGAUGUGAAAUAAUCCGAUUUAUAAUUAUAAUAUGUGUGCACACAAUAUAUUUGAAUCUAUAUAAAAAGUAAUAAAUAUAAUCUUAGAAUCAGUAAAACAUAGUGUUUUCUGUACAAAACAUACUAACAACUGUAAUACUACUUUUUCUCGUCUCUUUUUCACAUGUACACAUUUUUGAAUGUUAGAAAAUAAAAGUAGUAAUUAAAACUAAUUAAUGCUUAGAUAAAGAUUAGUGUUUUAUGUAUUUCAUAUUAAACAUA